UAUGGCGAAUAUGUGUAAAGUGAAAUUGUUCCAAACGAAAUAAUAAUAAUAAUACAAAGCUCUAGCAAGCCGCAAUUAAAUAAAAAAAUAUAUAUAUUUUUCGGCGAAAUAAGCGACAUUUGGCGAACGCAACGCAUUUUGGCCCAAUCGCUUAUCCAAAAUUUUCAAGUUCCAUUUGCAAAAACAAUUUUCAUGUGUGUGAGUGCCGCUGCUCACCUUGAAUCCAUCGUCGACGUCGUCGCUGCUGCUGCUCUUGUUGUUGUUGGUGGUGUUGUUGUUUUCCCCUCCGUAAGCGUCUACAUAUAAGAUAUUGACCCUGUACGCCUGAUACAUAUUUAAAACACACACACAUCGAUACAUACAUAAGUUGCUGCUGCAUAGAAACACUUUACAAUUGUUAGGUGAACAAAUGACCACCGCUGCCUCGACAUCGCAAAAUGCGCCAUCAACAUUGAUGGGUGCUGUCGGAGCCGUAGGAGGCGGCGGCAGCAGCGGCACUGGGUCGACGACGACAACGACACCGAGCAGUUCGGCGGUGCGUGCUUUGGCCAUGGAAUAUAAGUCGCUGCAGGAGGAGCCUGUCGAGGGAUUUCGUGUCAAGCUAAUGAACGAUGAUAAUCUCUUUGAAUGGGAGGUGGCCAUCUUUGGGCCGCCAGACACACUAUAUCAGGGUGGCUAUUUCAAGGCGCACAUGAAAUUUCCACACGACUAUCCAUACUCGCCGCCAUCAAUACGCUUCCUCACCAAGGUGUGGCAUCCGAAUGUGUACGAGAAUGGAGAUCUAUGCAUAUCGAUACUGCAUCCGCCGGUCGAUGAUCCGCAAAGCGGUGAGCUGCCCUGCGAACGUUGGAAUCCCACACAGAAUGUGCGAACAAUUCUCCUCUCGGUUAUAUCGCUCCUCAAUGAGCCCAAUACAUACUCGCCGGCCAAUGUGGAUGCUUCGGUGAUGUAUCGCCGAUGGCGGGACUCACAGGGCAAGGACAACGAAUAUCCGAACAUAAUCCGAAAGCAAGCACUAGCCGCCUAUGCGGACGCCAAGCGGGAGGGAAUUGUGGUGCCAAUGACACUGGAGGACUAUUGCCUAAAGCCGACGGUUAAGCCGAGUGCCGGUUCCGGUCUGGAUACAAAUUUCUAUGAUGAUGAUUUCGAUUUGGAGACCGAAGACUUGCCCACAGAUUCGGAUGAGGAUGAUGAUGAGGAUGACGACGAUGAUGAUGACGACGACGACGCUGAUGAUGAUGAUGAUGCCGAUGCUGCUGGUGAUGACGAGGGCGGUGCAAAGGAUGGCGGUGGCGACAGUUCAGCGAAUAGCAAAAAUAAUGUGAAUAACAAGAAAUGCACGAACAACAAUGGUCUGGUGUCGGCGAAAUCGACUGCCACAGAUGAUGCCGAGUCCGCUGAUGACAGCGGCAAGGGCGAGACAACAUAAUGCAGUUAAACCCGCUCCGUCUCCACCAUUGCUCCCCCUGCCCAAGGCGUCCGCGUAGCAUUUAAUUGAUGUAACACAUGUGAAAAGAAAAAAUAGAGCUAGGAGAGACGCCCCCUAAGGUCAAUCGCUGGCUUAACAUUUCUCUCAAUACAAUUAUGAUUUCUUCUCUUUUAUGUUUAAUUAUGUACAAUUGUAAAACUGAAACGCGAAUCGCUUCCCCAAAUAGCCCCGCUUUCAAUCCUCA